AUGAACCUGAAACUUAAACUAGUAGCACUAAACGAAGCGUACACCGGCGAUAUUCACGGCACACGUGGUGCAGAUUACGCGUGUUAUCGCGAAUCACGUCGAGCAGGCCUUCGAGGCACUUUCAGGGCUCUCCUUUCUUCGCGUGUGCAAAAUCUUGAUGGCAUCGUGCGACAAGCAGAUCGUAGACUGCCUGUAUCAAAUCUGAGGGGUGACAUUCUUUUCAGCUCCUGGGCCGAUGUGUUCAAUGGGGAUGCAGGGCCGCUGCCACAUCCUUUACGUCUUUACUCGUUUAGUGGAAGAAAUGUUUUACAAGACUACACAUGGCCGCACAAAGCUAUUUGGCACGGCGCUUUGCUAACCGGUGAAAGAGCCCUGGAUCAUUCUUGCGAUGCCUGGCACACAUCGGCAGGAGACAAAGUAGGCCUGGCGGCUUCCUUGAAGGGGGGCAAGCUACUGGAUCAAACUCCUUAUUCAUGUGACAAGAGACUCAUUCUGCUUUGCAUUGAGGCGACUACGGAGCCUUUUGUUCAAAGAAGACGAAGAGAUACAGAUAACAGGAGUGACGGAUUUCUUACAGAAGAAGAAUACUAUAAUCUUCUGGAGACCAUUCAUUAAACAACAUGAAGACUAUAAAGUAAACAAUCGUUCCAUCCAUAUCUUAAGUGACAUUUAUAAAAUAUGUCAUUAUUUAAACCAAAAAAAUAUUUUUUUAAGAAUAUUUAAUUUUUUUUCAACAUUCCAAAUAUUUUUUUCGAUAUACUUAUGUUAUUAACAAAAAAAAUAAAAACUGUUUAUGUCCAAAAACAUAGUAAAUUUAUACCAGCGGUUGACCCUUGACCCCUCAGAAACUCAGUAAGUUUGUUGGUGUUGACAAAUAAAAAUACCUAUAUUACAACAGCAAUAGCUAUUUGUACCAGGAGCUAUUAUAGCUAUAAUAGUGAGCGAUAUUCUGAACAUUAAAUAUUACUUCCAAUAAUUUAUUUAUUGGAUUACUGUUCUGCGCAUCAAUGGUUAGGUACUGUUUUAUUUUCUCCGUGUACUUCGAAAAUAAAGCGAUUUUUCGAGCUAAUUUCGAAGAGAAGAUAUUUUAGCUAUUAAUAUUCUUAAAAGAACGAACAAGAUAUCCAUUUUGCUCAAAAUUGAACAUUGGUUCUAUUUCUUUGCUCAAAAAUAACUUUUAAUUUACAAAAAAAGUUGAAUUUUUAAAAAUGAUAUUUUUUAAAUUAAUGUCAUUUUGAUUUUGAUCAUAUUUUUUUCAAAGAUACCCUAAUUUAGUACCUGAACCUUUGCAAAGUUUGUCGAAGGUCUUUUUGAUGUAAGGUAGAAUAAAAUUAUUGUCUUUUUCUGUGCAUGAUCCAAAUACGGGCCGGGCCUUUCCCUGUUCUUACAGUAUGAUGUUAGGUAGAUACGUAGUAGAAAGAGCAAUUAUUUUCUUUGAUGCUUUUCAACUGGUUAAGUACCCCCUCACCCUUCCUUUGUUUCAUUUACAACUCCCACUUGCCUUUUGCGGGCCCCUUUAUUCUCUUUGACUUAACGACAAAAAAAUGAUUUUGAUCGGACAAAGUUUGGAGGGUUUUUAAAGUGCAGAUUUUAUCUUGUAAACUUUAAAGAGUUAACGUACCUACCAAACGUUGUCAGAUUAAUAUAAUUGUGAUAAUAGGACACCACUUUCUCAAUCCAUGCAUACUAAAUUAAAUGGUUACCACCAUGUAUUUCACUCCGCCCUAUUCGGGUCAUGCAGGCAAAAAUACAAUAAUUUUCUCUCCCUUAUAUCAAAAACACCUCCGCCAAACUUUGUAAAUGUUUAGAUCUAAAAAAAGUGGGCAAAAUCAAAAUGGCAUCAAUGAAAGUUUUCAUUUCAAAAAAUUCAAUUUUUCGAAAAAAAUGUCAGUUUAAUUUUGAGCAAAAUGGAAUUCUGUUCGUUAUUUUAAAAAUCUCUUUAUUUUCGAAGUACCGUAAUUUCGCAGAAACAUUUUGCAGAACAAAAAAAUAUGGGCCUUUUAACUCACCGAGUUUUAUCAAAAUCUGAGGGGUCAAGGCUCAACCGCUGGCUGAAAGUGUAGAAUUGCUUAAAUAAAAUAAAGCAUAUGGCCAAGAGAAUUGCAUUAAAUGUUUUUUCCAAUUUUAAAAAUUAAAUAUUCUUAUUUAAGUAAAAUAUGCAGGGUGUAACCAAGUCAUAUCAUUUGAUGCUUAUCAAAUUAUUAUAUUAAUGUUUUUAUUUAUUUCUACACCUUGCACUUGCUUUUUGUAAAUUUUUUUGUAUAAGAUAUUUUAAAUAUGCAUAUUUAGUGAUUGUAAAACGUGUUUUUCAUAUAGGUUUCUUUGCACACACUUUUAUACUUUACAAUUUUAAAAAUUUAAUAUUCUUAUUUAAGUAAAAUA